CCCUCCCUCUCUUGCAUCUCAUUAAGUGAGUCCCGUUGUAGCUAUAGGUGAAGCAGCCUCUCUCUGCCAUACUGAAGCAGGUGUCCAACAUGGCGAACGCUGGCAGCGGCUCUCUCGCGACUAUUCUCUUUUUAUUCGCGUUUCAAGCGGCUCUUCACAAAGGAGCUGCACAGGAACCAGUGGUGAGUCAGAACCUGGUGACAGACAAUGUGUCGGUGGUGGAGGGAGAGAUGGCCAUCAUCAGCUGUCGGGUGAAGGACAACGACGACUCGGUGAUCCAGCUGCUCAACCCCAACAGACAGACCAUCUACUUCAGAGACAUGAGGCCGCUGAAAGACGCCCGCUUUCAGCUGGUGAACUUCUCAGACAACGAGCUGCGGGUGUCACUGUCUAACGUCUCGCUGUCAGACGAGGGUCGAUAUGUUUGCCAGCUCUACACGGACCCGCCGCAGGAGGCCUACGCAGACAUCACUGUGCUAAUACCUCCGGGUGACCCCAUCAUCGAGGCCCGGGAUGAGGUCCUGAGCGAGGGCAACGAGACAGAGAUGACCUGCACCGCCAUGAGCAGCAAGCCUGCCGCCGCCAUCAGAUGGAUGAAGGGCGAUAAAGAGCUUCCAGGAAAGCCUAAAGUUGAGCUGACCUACGACAAGAUGUACACAGUCACCAGCCGGCUGACGUUCACCGUCAGUAAGGAGGACGACGGCUUGCCAGUGGUCUGCAUCGUGGACCACCCUGCAGUCAAGGGCUUCCAAGCACUGAAAUACCUGGAGGUGCAGUACAAACCAGAGGUGAAGAUCGUGGUGGAGUUUCCUCAGGGUCUGACCAGGGAAGGAGAGAACCUGGAACUGACGUGUCAAGCCAAAGGCAAACCCCAGCCACAGCGGGUGAACUGGCUCAAGGUGGACGACGACGUGCCUUCCCACGCCGUCAUCACGGGCAGCGACCUUUACAUCGAGAAUCUAAACAAGUCCUACAACGGGACUUACCGCUGCGUGGCCGCCAACUCCGUAGGGGAGUCCUACGACGACUACAUCCUCUAUGUCUAUGAUGCUCCCACCACUACCCCUAUACCCACCACAGCCACCACCUCCACCACUAUCAUCACCACCACCAUCUCCUACCCCGAAGCCAAUCAAGACACUGCGCCCAGCACUGAACCUGCAGCUCAUGAUUCACGGGCUGGAGAAGGAGCGCCCAGAACGGUGGACCAUGCAGUCAUCGGAGGAGUGGUGGCCGUGGUCGUAUUCGCCAUGCUCUGUCUACUCAUCGUCUUGGGGCGCUACUUUGCGAGACACAAAGGUACCUACUUCACACACGAGGCCAAGGGAGCGGACGACGCGGCGGAUGCGGACACGGCUAUCAUCAACGCCGAGGGCGGCCACACCAACUCCGACGAGAAGAAGGAGUACUACAUCUAAUCAAAACGGGAUGCCCCCCCCCCCGCCUCCCC